AUAACCACAAAGGACAACACCUGAAUAGAACAAAAUGAAUAUGAAUUUAGAUCCAAUUGAAGGUCAAGAUUUGACUGGGGUAUUUAAGAUAACAAACUUGUCCGUUGCAACCCUUACUGUUUUAGGAGGUCUUUCCCAAUUGUUUCACAGCUUUCACUCGUUUCUUAGUGGGUUAUUUCUUAUUGCAUUUGGAAUAGUAAUUGGGUCUUUAGAAUUUAGAGUACCUGCGGAAGCAUAUGCAUAUGGUUCAUUCUUGUUUUCAUUUAUUGGCCGUGGUAUUUUCUAUACCUUUAUCGGAAUCAGUUUGAAUGGAGAUAGCGCAUUUAGAAUAGUUGCUGCUAUUUUGCUCGUGUUUGUCGGGUUAGUGUACACUGCCUUAGAAACUGUUCCAAGCAUUUCACCACCAGACAACAUGAACCCAGAUGGUGCCAUGCUUGGCUUGAAUGAUGAAGAAAUUAUCUAAUGAUAAGCUUGUAUUCUACGUUUAUAUUGUCAUUCUAUGUAUUUGAAUAUACACAUUUUGUAGAGCUAUGUUAUAUACCUUCACAUACUCACACUCACUCACACGUUGUCUUUGUGUACC